UGAAGCGGUGAGCGUGUGGAUGAUUCAGAGAUUCGAGUGAGCGACCGAGUGCACAGUCUUGACAGCGCCGAGCUUAGCAACACUGAACGCCACAAGGAGCCCUUCAGCUAGCUAGCUACUAAACAAGCGGAAACAAACGUUUUUCCUUACAAUAUUUAUUUGACAAGACAUGGAAAUGAACACCAGAAGGGAGGCGACGAGAAAAUCUGGAUGAAUUGGUGGACCAUUAAAACAAAAACCCUGCUUCAGAGAAAGCACUCUUAACGUUAGUUAGCUAGCAAAUGUGGAUUAGACUUUCUCAGUCAUAUAAUAUGCUCGUAAGUUUUCAUAUUUAAUGGAUGGGCUUCGUUCAGCAAGCAGUGUAAGGCUAUUUAACUGAACAUUAAUAAUUUAGCGAGCUAGCCAGACUACUGCCUUGAACUUGCUAGUGAGGCUAACUUUACUAGCCAGCGUUAGCAAUUGGACCAGCACUUCAUAUUCAAUCAUCUUGCCUCUUCACUUUUCAAUUCAUGAAUUUGCUGUAGCGCAAGCUGAUGCGUCGUCUGUUUCAAUAGCCAAGGUGAUGGAAGGAGACCUCUAAGCUCCACAUUUACUUAUAUUGGAAGCAGUGGAAAAGUGAAGCCUGGACCUGUGAAAGUGUAAUAGAUGGCUGCAAAAGAUCUCACUGCUCAUGCAGUCCUGUACUUGUGUGCUGCCUGCGACCCGGAGGCCACUGCGACCCGGAGGCCACUGCGACCCGGAGGCCACUGCGACCCGGAGGCCACUGCGACCCGGAGGCCACUGCGACCCGGAGGCCACUGCGACCCGGAGGCCACUGCGACCCGGAGGCCACUGCGACCCGGAGGCCACUGCGACCCGGAGGCCACUGCGACCCGGAGGCCACUGCGACCCGGAGGCCACUGCGACCCGGAGGCCACUGCGACCCGGAGGCCACUGCGACCCGGAGGCCACUGCGACCCGGAGGCCACUGCGACCCGGAGGCCACUGCGACCCGGAGGCCACUGCGACCCGGAGGCCACUGCGACCCGGAGGCCACUGCGACCCGGAGGCCACUGCGACCCGGAGGCCACUGCGACCCGGAGGCCACUGCGACCCGGAGGCCACUGCGACCCGGAGGCCACUGCAACCUUCUUUGAUUUCAGGGCUCAAGCCAGCCCAGCACACCCAUGGUCCAGCAGGCAGCUGAUGGAAGAUCCGGUUCCCAACGUGCCCACCAUGGUCUCCAGGCUGCCCAAGUUUGGUUCGCGCCCCGCGGCUGUGGCUGCCACCACCCCACUGACCAAUGGGACCCGCCACCAACCCGUCUCCAGCACCACGGGCAAAGGGUUACCCACUGCCACCACCAGGCAGAACGGGACAAUGCGGAUGCGGGUGGACUCGGGGGAGGAGGGUGGAACUGGAGGUGGGCAUCACCUCCGACAACCGCAGCCCUCACCAGCGGCGGUACGGGAGAUUAAGAAGCCAUUCGCCAUGCCUGCCACAGCUAAGGUACGGGGGUGUGCUUCUGUGGUAUCCUCCAACAGCCCUAGAACUAUACCCUCCAAAACUGGGCCUCACGGGGCCAUCCCCAAACAGGCAUUGUCUGGACAGAGUCUCUGCAACGGAAAAGCGGGCCUCAGCGGCCAGACAGGUGGUGAUGGACGGUUUGGGUCUGGGAAUGGCUCCCUCAGGCGGGGCCAGAGCUGUGGUUCGCCCCACAGCAACCUGACCAGCAGCCUGUCCCACUCCCAGUCCAGCGACAGCCUGGAGACCGCCUCGGAGGAGAACAUGGUGCGCUCCCGGAGCCUCAGCCACGUCAAGAGGAUCCCCUCCCCCACCCAGCCGCCCAUCAUCCGCUCCUACUCCUUCAACAGGGCCUCAGAGCUGGCCAAGGAGCUGCCCAGGCCUCUAGCCAAGUCCCGACUGGUCAAGACAUCUCCCCUAACCAGACCGACACCUGUGCUGAGUAGUGCGGGGCGAGGGAACGGCCUACACCUCAGUAAGGGUGGACAUGGACUAGCAGCAGGCAGGGCUGUGGUGGGAACAGCUAGCUGCAUCUUGCCCCCCACCACACUGAGGAAUUCCCUACUCCCCAGUUCAGCCUCCUGCAACACCAGGCCCUCGGCCCUCAGAUACAGGUUCACACGGCCCUCACUUAUCAAGCAGCCUCGCCCCAUCUUGGCCACCUCCACCGAGAAGGUCCAGGGCAACACAGAGGAAAGCGAGGGGAGGAAGAACUCGGUGGAGACUCCCCCUGUCACCCCAGACCCAUCCAGCUACACUGACAGCCCAGGGAGCACCCCAGAGUGCGUAACGGAAAGCCUGCAAGAGGAGCCUGCGGCCCCCAGCGGGGUCCGUCCCCUGGGGGAAGGCCUGGAGGACAUGUCCCUCUCCUCCACCUCCUCCCUGGAGCGCAACGAUACCAGCGAGGAGUACAUGGACGACUUUGACAACCUGGGGAACGGAGGAGACGGCAUUCUGCUGCUCCCUGCCCGUGAUGGAGGGCUCGACCAAUCACACUCUGUCUUGGCAGAUGAUGACAACGCAGACCUCAUCCACCGUCACGGUGGCACCUCCAUCGCGGGCCUUAACAGCUUCCUGUCUGACAGUGUAGACUGGGCCGGAAUGGGACUGACUGGGGGUAGAGGGGGCUUAGGGGCGUUGUCUCGGCGUGCUAGUCAGGCCCUGUCCGGGGGUGCAGACUACCCCCUCGGCUCUUCCCUCGACCUGUCUCCCUCAGACUCCGGCUCGGGGGGGACCUACAUGUGGGACGAGGAGGGUCUGGAGCCCUUGGGGACCACCACACAGCCCUGUGGGAGCUACAACUCAGACCUCAACAGCAUGGACAUACUCAACAACCUGGACAACCUAGAGUCUGGGUGUGACCUGGACGACGAUGACCUCAUGCUGGACGAUGACCUCCCUGAGGAUGGCUCCUUGCAUGGUGAUACUGAUGGGAUGUCCCAUCUGGCCCUGUGGCGGAGACGGCAGCUCUGUUGGACUGUAGACGACCGACUCCACAGUGACAACAUUAGUGACUGUGUGUUCCAGACCUAUGACGGGUACCAGAGUCAGGGCACAGGCUUGGCAGCCCCUCACCAGGCUGUGGAGCUGGAUGAGCUGACACUGAAACACAUGGCAGAUGACUGCUGCUCUGUAAAGGCCCAGCUAGAACACCUGAAACUACUGCUGCAGAUGGAGGAUGGUAGUGAUAUGGACGACACUCUGAUUCUGGAUACCUUGAGUCCAGAAUCCAGACGGGACCCAAUUCAAGCUCGACAGGUGGAGGAGCUGUUGAAGGAGGUGCAGGAGCUGAGAGAGGAGCUGAGGAGUAAAGACCGGACCAUUUCUCUGCUGACCCAGCAGUUGGCUGUUCCUGUCAAGGCCACGAGAUGCCACUGCCAGCAGUACAGUCCACCUGGAAGAGAUGUGGAAAGAGUGACGGUGACCUACCAUGACAAGGCCACACAGACUCCACCAUGGAGGGGACAUGCUCCUCAAAUACUACAGCCUUCCAGGCCAUGGCCCAACAGGGUGCACCAACCCCACUCCCAGGAAAGAUUAACAAACUCAGCCCACACCGAGGCCCCCAGUGAGCUGGCCCCCAGUGAGCUGGCCUCCUCUAACCCUGGCUGUGGCUGGGGGGACAGUCUGGCCAGCAGAGCCCAGCACAGCUCCCGCUCUGGCCUGGCUUGCCCUAGCCCUGCUUUCACCCCUCCUGCUGGCUAUUUCCCUAGCUCAGAAGAACUUAGCCUCUUGCUCAGCACCCAGCUGAAGAUCAGUGACUCCGAGGGUCCGGAGGGCCAGACAUGUUCUCCUCCCCACCCUGGAUCAAGACUCAGGCUGGACUCAGCCAAAAGGAUCCCUCCACCUUGUCUCUCGCAGUCCCCCGGCUCUCUGAAGAAAGCCUCCAUCCCUAAGAGGCCACAUGAAGGCCCCACCACCACAACCACCACCACCCAGAUGUCCAUGGCAGGCUUCCCCAGGGUGGUGAGAGGAAUCCAGGGUAGGGGUGGUCUCAGGCCGGGCCACAUGGCUCCACAGUUCAGGCUGAGUCUGCUCCCACCUGCUUUCAGAGGUCAACCCUGCUACAGUUCCACACCCCAGUCAUCUGCCUCCUUUCUGGGCCCUGCCCUGCCCGCCUUCCCCCGGACCAGAGCACCCAGACAGACUCCAGGCCUCAGAGAACCAGAGAGUGGUGGUCUCAAGGCCAGAGGUCUAGGCCCUCCCACCCUCUUACGACUCCCCAAGCCAAAGGGCCACUGAUUGCUUUCUCUCAAUUCUCAAACAGUGCCCUCUAGUAAGGCCAUUCAGCACCACCCUCUACCCACUCAGACCCAAAAGAUCAGACUUCUUCUAGAGGCUUCCGACCUCCCCUUAGUAAGGUUACCAUGUCUACCCUGUGAGAAAGGAUGACAUGCAGACUAAUAUAUAAUGUAUAACCCAAAAUAAUAUUUUAUCUAACCUCUUCCAAUAAGAAUCACUCAAGGUCAGAAAAACAAAUUGGCCCAUGUACACAUUUGAUAUCGUCUCAGACGAAGAAGUCAAGCAUUACACCUUAUUGUUUAUCCCCCCCCAAAAAACACUUGCUUCAACACUAUCUGUACGCAGAUAAAUAGAUUGUUGUUUUUGUGAAGUUCUGUUUCAAAGUGGGAACUGGCAGGAUGCUUAACUUUAUAUUCCCUCCAGCCCCAACAAGCUACAAUUGCAACUUUACUUUCUGGCCAAAACUUUUCCCAAGAUAAUGAACAUGCUUAGGAACACUGUGUUAUCUGGCCCCAAUACAGCAUUUAUUGUUACUUAUACAUACUCAGUUGGGUUGGACUUUACAGGGCUCGACAUUAAUGCUUGUCUGCUUUCCCCCCAAAGAAUUGGUUAUGAAGAAUGUAGAUUUAAGUUUUCUGACUGGACAAGUUAAAAAAAAAUGUUUAGUAUAAAAAAAAGUCACAAACAAUUAGGCGAAUCCGAUCCGAAUUGGAUCAGUGUCCUCCUAAUCUCUGCAGAGCGCUUUAGAGUAUAAUUAUUGUAGGCCUGCAUUGACGGGCACAAGCGAUCUUUCAAUCAUGCAGUCACGAGAUGCGUUUUUGAGAUCAAAGCAAGCCGCAUGUGCACAUGUUGAUAUUCAUUGCUAGUUAGUGAGUUAUUUGCCCAGUUAUAGCUCAUUUUUGGUCGACAAUGAAAAUGCUGGAAAAGUUUGCAUCACCUUGUCAGAGGAGAGCUACAUUUGCGCAGCAGGUAAAGCAAUGAUAUAUAACAGCCAUAUUGUGUAGAUUGGCUUGUUCUCACUACUUAACUAUUUAGCUAUUAGCAUGUAUUAAUGUAAUGUCCGAUGGCCUAAAAUAUACUUCUACCCGCGCUCGUGUAUAACCACAAAUGUCGAACACAUUUGAUACGUGUGCACAGUUGACCAAUUCUGCAUACUCCGAUUGUAAAACCGUCUCGCAAGCGCUAAAAUCCUCCUAUUCAAUGCUGGCCAUGUACAAUACUGGCCAUGUAAUUCUGCCAAAGUCUAAGAAUAUAUAUUUUUUAAUAGCUUAAUUGACAAGUAAUUCCUAUGCUGUCAAUAUUUUUGUUGAACACUGAAUAUUUUAACCUUACAAAUAGAUAAACAAGUGACUUGAGCUUUCGGGCAAGUAAAAAAAACAGUUCUACUUGUCUGAAGGACAUGUGGCUAAGAAAGUUAAUGUCAAGCUUUACUUACUGAACAACUGCCUGUAUGUAGUGGUUGGGCUUAGUAUAACUUUGAUUUGUCUGUAGACGGGAACUUUAAUUUACCUGAUAUAAUCUCUGCGUAACUGUGGUAGAGGGAUUAAGGCAAUAUAACACAGUGGAACGGUUACAGGAACCGAGCAUCUCUUGACUUGAAGGGGAACAUUUGGUUGUAUAGACUAGAGAAUAUAGUUUGUUACUUCAGAUAUUGUCCCUCUGGCUAAACUGGGGGGGGGGAAUUCUACUUGCUGAGUGAUGUUCUAAAGUCCCCCUUGCUACACAGCCAGUAUUAUGUCUCUCUCACAGGAGGUUGGUGGCACCUUAAUUUGGGGGGGGGGGGGGGGGGGGUUCUCUGGUUUUGAAACACCUUUAUUAUUUCUGCCUUGUACCCUGAGAAUGCCUUACGUUUUUAAGUGCACUCUCAAAAGUAGCUGUAUGUUGCACUGUACCCUUCUGUCUGCCGAUAGUCUGUAUCUGUCUUUGUCUGUGUGGUGGUGCAGUUUGAUUGCGACACGGGGACAACAAAGAGAUCAGAGGAGCCAUCUUGUGCAAUUGGUGCUCUCUGAGCCACCUUUGUUCCCCCUGUGCUUCCAUCAUGAGCAGGUCUAGUUUGGUCUGUGGGUAGAGGGUCACCCACAUGCUACCUUAAUGAGGCUGCACCAGAGAAGAGCUCAGCCCAACUACACAGCAGACGUGCUUCAGGCCCAGGUCCCUGAAUAGAAGGGGACAGAAAGAAAGAUAAAUAAUUUCCUAGCAUGAAACAAUGUUGCUGGUGUAAUGCAGAGGCUGGCGGCAACUUCCACGUGAUUCCGUAAUGAUUCUGAGUCGGAUCCAGUUGGCAUGGUAACACAGCUGAGUGGCACAGUGGAGGGGUGUGAGGAUGUCGAGUGGGUUACGCACACGCUCAGUGUGUCCCUGCCGACAGCAGGGCCAGGCAUGCUUCUUUGACAUCUGCUGAGACUUAACUCUCCAUUUUAAUUUUUAAAUUUUUAUUGUUCACUACUACUUCUCUCACUCCUUCCUCAAGGUGAUAGACUUACAAUGAGUGCAUCACGGUGGGGCAGAGUGUCAAGGAGGAUGGAGAGGGACACAAUGACUCUCAUUUGCUUUUCUUCAAAGCCAUCAUGUCUAACUACUUCCUGGUCUGUUACUAUGUUUAGUCCUUGAGAGCUUUAAGUAGUAGCCAAUGGGCACCAUUUGUACCCUAUCAGGUCCUUAUUUCCUUGAUGUCAUAACUGAUCUUUUGAUCCCAAGUCAGUUGGCUGAGUGUACGUUGUAGAAUGAGCGGAACGUCACCCAGUCAAAACGAUCUCAAAGACUAGAAAUAAACAUGCCUAUUUCUGUAACUUAAUUUAGCAUUUCUUCUUCCCCAGCUAAAGCUUUACAUGUUUUUCUAUGCAACACAGUUGUGCCCUAGUCAUGGAAGAUAAGUCACAGUGGUACAUUUAGUCAUGGGCAAUGAGCUCGUCGCCUCCAUGAACCCUUCUCGUUAUGGCCAUAUGUAAAGCCAGAUGUAAGUGUACUUGAUAUCUGAAACACUUGUUUUGCUGCCACCAAGUAUUUGUCCUCCCAUUGUUAAAUGAUUGGAAGCCAUGCCCCAUAAUGGUCAUCACAAGCACUCACCUUAUACGUUUUUGUCAAGCGCUUUGAAGUGCUUUCUGCAGCAACCCUACAACGCAUGCGUAUAACAUCACCCUGAUCUGAAUCUGCCUCGGGACCUGUUAAACGUCACCCCAAAUCAACUCUGCUGUUUGGAAUGCACGGCUGCUUCCAAUCCCACCCAGAUAAGAACCAAAUACUUUUUAUACAUUUGAUCUCUUCAAUGAUGAACAAACAAACUAUUUGAGGUUUGUCGGGAUGAGGAAGAGAUUAAUUUAAUCAAUUCCUGUUUGACAGUCAGAGUCCUUGACUUAAAGGAUUUAGAAUGUUCAGGGGGAAGGAAUAUUUAGUUUUUAAUGUUAACGAGAUCUUAACAGAAGCCCUAACAUGUUUGUCUCUGAGAUAUUCUCACCCAAAACCCCCAAAAUAGGAGUGACUUAAAGUUAUUGAGAAGGGUUGAGACUUGUUAGUCAUGCAUUAUUAUUUUUUUGGUUGUCUAGCUUUGCUUGGCUUACCAUAUUAUGGUAUGUAGAUUAACAAAUGUCAAGUAAAUAACUUGCCCUCAAAAUGACUGCAUGGGAUAGCAUCACGUAGCAGUAUUCGCCGUAAAGCACUCUUGCUGUUCUUGUGUAUUACAGAAGUGCCUGCUUUUGUGACUUCCUUUCCCGCAGUCCUGAACAUAACAUUUUGGUAUGUAGAUGAGUGUGGUUCUGGAGCUUGGUCCCACUGCCCGGCUGUGUUGCUGAAAGAGGAAGGAGGUCUGCCUUGGGUUCACAGGUGAUUCCCACUCCUUGCUGCAUCUGGCUAUCAGAUGUUAGAAUGCCAGCCUCACUUAGUAUUCACUGUCCCAGACUCACACAGACAACCUGUUCUGAUUGGGAAGGGCAAACCUGUUUGUCUGUCUCACUACAGAAGCAUCCUCUGUAUUCAAAAAGCAGGCCAAGCUAUGCUUCCAAUGUUGUCUCAGCUCUGACGUUUUGAAUUUCAAGUGUUCAGAUUUGCUUUGCUGCUCACAAGGACAAGGCACUCUGGUGUGCCCCCUUGUCCUUGUGAGCAGUCUUAAGUAGAUCUGCCACUGUGCUGCUCGUCUUUUCACGAGUUUAGAACAAAUCUCAGUUUUUAAGCUCAUUUCACUUUUUUUCCUCUGUUAUUUUUUUUAACUGGAAAUGUUGAAACAGUAGUUUAAUUCAUGAAAUUACAUUGUAAACAGUGGCAUGUAUUUGCUGCUCAUUACAAUCUGUUUAAUGUCCCUCAUUAUCUCAAAUGGCACCCCAUUCCCUUUUAUAGUGCACAAAAUUUGACCAGAGCCUAAUGAGCCCUUGUCAAAAGUAGUGCACUAUAUAGGGAAUAGGGUGUUAUUUGGAGUUGUCACCCCCCCCCCCCCCCCCCCACACACCAUUUCACAGAUGUUGGGGCCUAGAGUUGUCCCCGACCUUGUGACCUGCCAAGGAAAAAUUGGGCUAUCACUACCCCGGUUUUUUAAAAAUGUAUACUUCUGGUCAGGUCACUUGGUGAUUAGAAAGUCCUGGCCACUUAUCUUAUGGACAGUGAGGACUGGGUUCAGGUCCAUAAUCUUCUGCUUUGUUGUCGUCUGCUAUCACUGCUGUGAACUUAAACGCCAUAACAUGAGUCUGUUUUGAAUACACGAAUCAGUAUGGCAGAUGUACUGUAUGACGACUGUUCUGUUCCUUUCACCUCACUAGCAUCACAUUGACUGUACAUUGUACUGUAUAACUUAUUUUCCUCACCUAUGACAGGAAAUGAAAACGGAGAGACUCUGCUCAGAGGAUCGGUUGUGUUUCCUCAUGUAUUUGUGUUUAUCUUCCUGCCACUUCUGUUUUAAUUCCAUGUUUGCUAUACUGUUAUUUAAUGUGCAAUACGUUAACGAUUGAGAGCAUACUGUUGUACACAAUACUAAUUAUUUAUGUCUAUCCAAUAUCUAUGUCUGUGUAAUUGUCACUGUGAGCUUGUCAAAAAAAGAAACAUCUCAAUCUGAAAUGCACUUUAAAUGGUUGUGUUGAGACUGAAUAUGAAUGAAUGAACUUAAAUGUGUUGAACUACUUUUUGUUUUGAUUCUGCUCCCCACCCUUUUUGCUGUGAUCUCUCUGAGGCUACGGAGUGGCUGAGCGCUCAAAUAAAGACUGCACUCAAUCUA